CAAGUAAAACAAAGCUAGAGAAAGCUAAUGUUUCUUGAAACAUGGAAAUCACUUAUGAAGGGGAGAGAGAGGCUAUGUCCUCACCUCUCCCAAGAUGCACAAUGCAAAUGGCAGGAGGCAGUGGAUUUGGGCAUAGCAUAGAAAUCAUCUCACAAUCAUGUGCCAUGCUAGAUGAAGGACCAGACAAUGAUAAUGAAAAUGCAUGUUCUUAUCCAUGCAAGGAUUCUCCCCUUCCAAUAUUCAUCAAGUUUGAAGAUGUGGAAUAUAGGGUGGAAUGCAAUUGCACCUCAUAUGAGAACCCCAUGAAAGUUGUGAUGUCAAAUGUGGCUGCACAUUUGAAUAUAGAGCACAAGUACAAAAACAUACUGAAUGGAAUAACUGGGAGCAUAGGCCCUGGUCAAAUUCUUGCAUUGAUGGGGCCUUCUGGUAGUGGAAAGACAACCUUACUGAAGAUAAUUGGAGGUAGACUACAUGGGAAUAUCAAGGGGAACAUCACUUACAAUGAUAUUCCCUAUAGUUCAGCUCUGAAAAGAAGGAUAGGAUUUGUAACACAAGAUGACGUGCUUUUUCCUCAAUUAACUGUGGAAGAGACCCUUGUUUUUGCUGCAUUUCUGAGGCUUCCAAGCGAUAUGAGUCGUCAACAAAAGUUUCUAAGAGCAGAAAGAACAAUUGUGGAGCUAGGUUUAGAGAGAUGUCGACACACAAAAAUUGGAGGAGCAUUUGUAAAAGGUAUAUCCGGAGGAGAAAGGAAACGAACAAGUAUAGGUUAUGAGAUUCUUGUGGAUCCAUCGUUGCUGUUACUUGACGAGCCUACCUCUGGUCUUGACUCUAGUACUGCAAACAAACUCCUUCAAGUUUUACAAGGACUUGCAAAGGCUGGUAGAACAAUCAUUACAACGAUUCACCAACCUUCGAGUCGAAUGUUCCACAUGUUUGACAAGCUGUUGCUUAUAUCAGAAGGCUGUGCUAUAUAUCACGGGCAAGCUCAAGAUUCCAUGAAUUACUUUUCUUCAUUGGGUUUUGUUCCUGAAUUGGCUAUGAACCCUGCAGAAUAUUUAUUGGAUUUAGCCACAGGACGAGUUAAUAACAUAAGGUUCCCUGAAGAAAUACAAGUUUCACAAUCCACCCAAGGAUUAGAAAGGGCAGUUCUCAAGCAUUUACAAUGGAAAUACAAAACUGUGUUGGAACCUAAGGAAAAAGAAGAAAACAAUCAUUCUUCAAGGACAAAUAAACAUCUCCAGAUGGCUAUUCAAGUGAAAAGGGAUUGUACAUUGUCUUGGGCAGAGCAAUUUGUGAUUCUGUCAAACAGGACAUUCAGAGAACGGCGUCGCGAUUAUUUUGACAAAUUAAGACUGCUCCAAUGUCUUGGAGUUGUAAUUCUAUUGGGUCUAUUGUGGUGGAAAUCCAAGACAACAACAGAGGCUCAAGUUCGGGACCAGGUUGGAUUGAUGUUCUACAUUUGUAUAUUUUGGACUUCUUCAUCACUAUUUGGAGCUGUCUAUGUAUUUCCAUUUGAAAAAAUGUACCUGGUCAAGGAGCGGAAAGCAGAUAUGUAUAGAUUAAGUGCAUACUAUGUCAGUAGCACACUGUGCGACAUGGUUGCUCAUGUCUUCUACCCGAUCAUUUUCAUGGUCAUAAUAUACUUCAUGGCUGGUUUUAGAAGAACGUUGCCAUGUUUUUUUCUCACACUACUUGCAGUGUUAUUGGUUGCCAUCACGAGUCAGGGGGCAGGGGAGCUUUUCGGAGCUGCAGUUUUGAGCAUAAAGAGAGCUGGGAUGAUAGCUUCUAUGGUGCUAAUGUUGUUUCUUCUUACUGGAGGAUACUAUGUUCAGCAUAUACCUCAAUUCAUGAAAUGGAUGAAGUAUGUAUCAUUCAUGUACUAUGGGUUUAGGCUCCUAUUGAAAGUGCAGUACUCUGGAGACCAAUUAUAUGAGUGUGGAAGUGUAGGCGGAUGUAAAAGUCUACAAAGUUCACCAACAUUCGACACUGUGAAUUUGGAUGGAGGCGUCCAAGAAGUUUGGAUCCUGUUGUGUAUGGCCAUUGCUUAUCGGUUAUGCGCUUAUUUAUGCCUUCGAAAGAGAAUAAAUAUAUCACCAAUCUGAUUUGUUAAUGGGGAUCUCAGUAAAUGCUCAGUGCAUGUUCAGAAGGAA